UGUGUGUGUGUGUGUAAGAUUGGUCUCGCAGGCUGAGGAAUCUUACUGCAGCUCUUUCACUCUUUCUUCACCGCAGGUUGCGGGGCAGUUUGACUUUUUCACACCAACAAUGCCGGCGACUCAAUGAGCUCCAUUCACUCCAGCCAGAGGAGAGACAGCAGCUUAUCCUUUACACACAUACAAAACGGCUUGUUUUGUGUAUAGAGAGGGUGUGCGCUGUGUGUGUGUGUGUAUACAGUAUUUCUCAGGGCGUGUGACUGGCUCAGACUGGUGUAUAAGAAAUGAACCAGUAAUUCAUAGUCUAAAGUUUAACAGUCUGGAACAUCUGCUCUGUUGUCUCUACUUGAGGUUUCUUGCCAGAAGAUGGCCUCACAUGGUUCCCGGGUCUUUGAAGAUUCAGCUCGUGUGGAGGGCAUAUAUCUUGGUACAGAGGCAGCGCUGACGGGAGGAGAGGCCUGCUGCUGCUGAAAGUGUUUGGACGCUCUGACAGGCCUGCACUCUGUUGUAGUGUGAGGCUGAGUGGGGCUUACUUACGUUUGGACAAGGAUAACUGAAGACAUGCUGCCUCUCCUUGUUCUCUGUCUUUGUGGUCCGGCUCAACUGAUUGCCAAACAGACCCCACUCAGUACGGCCCGCAGAACUGUCAGCAUCAGUGGUAAUGGUGGGCAAAUGUUUCGGGAGGAGGGUGUGUGGAACUACUCCACCAUGCUCCUGAGGGAAGACCUUGGUGUGGUCAUUCUCGGAGCGCGAGAGGCCAUCUUCGCCCUGGACCUGUCUAAUAUCAGUCAGAAGAAGGAUAUGAUUAAGUGGCAAGUGACCCGCGAAAUGCAAGACAAGUGUUCACACAAAGGAAAAAGUUCAGAGAUUGAGUGCCAGAACUACAUCCGGAUUCUUCAUAAAAUGGCUGAUGGUAGGAUGUAUGUGUGUGGAACCAAUGCAUUCAGUCCAACCUGCGACUACCUGUCAUAUACAGACGGCAGACUGACUCUGGAAAAUAAACGAGAGGAUGGGAAGGGAAAGUGUCCGUUUGAUCCGUUUCAGAGACACACCUCUGAACUCGUUGAUGGAGUUCUGUUUUCAGCUACCUCCAUUAAUUUCCUAGGCUCUGAGCCAGUGGUUAUGCGAAGUUCUACUGAAACUAUCCGCACUGACUUCAAAACCUCCUGGCUAAAUGAGCCCAAUUUUAUUGGCAUGGAGCACAUAGCAGAAGGAGAGCAGAGCCCAGAAGGGGAUGAUGACAAGAUUUACCUGUUCUUCAGUGAAACAGCUGUGGAGUAUGACUCUUACAGCAAGCUGGAGGUGUCUCGGGUGGCACGAGUCUGUAAAAGCGAUAUGGGUGGACAGAGGACACUACAGAGGAAAUGGACAUCGUUUGUAAAGGCUCGUCUAGACUGUCCUGUCGAUGACUCCAGCCUUCCCUUCCUCAUACAGGACGUGUUUCGCUUCUGCCCAGGGGACUGGAAAACAUGUGUCUUCUAUGCUGUCUUCACCCCUCAGGCGUACACUUCCCAGUCCUCUGCUGUGUGUGCGUACAGUAUAGCUGACAUCAGGCAGGUUAUCUCUGAGGGUAAGUUCAAGACUCCAGUCCCUGUGGAGACAUCGUUUGUGAAGUGGGUGAUGUACAGCGGUGAUGUGCCCUUCCCUCGUCCAGGAGCGUGUAUUAAUAAUGAAGCUCGGGAUAAGGGCUUUUCCCAGUCUCUGGAUCUUCCUGAUAAGACCCUCCAGUUUAUCAGAGACCGGCCUCUCAUGGACCAGGCAGUGCAGCCCAUCUCUGAACACCCUCUGCUGAUUAAACAAGGAGCUGCAUUCACUAGAAUUGUAGUGGCCAGUACUGUAGCACUAGAUGGAAGCACCUAUCAAGUCAUGUUCAUUGGCACAGAGAAUGGUUCAGUGCUGAAGGUGGUGAACUACAAUGGACACACAGUCAUAAUAGAGGAGGUGCAGAUGUUUCAGCCCACAGAGCCUGUGAAGACCCUGCGCCUCUCCAACAGCACGCUCUACGCAGGAUCAGAGGUAGCAGCAGCACAGAUGCCACUGAGCUCCUGUGGCCAGUAUCGCUCCUGUCUGGAUUGUGUGUUAGCCAGAGACCCCUACUGUGGCUGGAACCUGCCCACUAAGCUGUGCACUGCUGUAAGCAGUGUUUACCAAGAUCCACACAGUGAUGUGAUUCAGAGUCUGACAGAUGGAGAUUCUACAAAUUGUCCACCAAUUGAAAGCUCUAAAGCAGUGAAUCUGUCCUUCCUUCCGGGAAACACCGUCAAGCUGUUGUGCCGGCCGGGUUCUAAUCUGGCCCGUGUGGAGUGGCAGGUAGACAGUCGUUCAGUUAUCAGCUCUGACGCAUACCAGAUUAACCAGGACGGUCUGCUGAUUCUAAACGCCUCAGCUGAAGCCAGUGGCUUCUACACCUGCAGGUCUGUGGAAUCCUCCAACAGCCAGGACUAUGUAACUGGGAUCGCAUCGUAUGAGCUGAGGCUGGCAUCCGGGCAAGCCUGCCAGUCGGAGGAUGCAACUGUGUUACUGCCACAGGCGCAAACGACGCAGAACACGGUGGUGGCACUCCAGAUCAUGGUCGUUUUGCUGUCGAUAAUGCUGGCAGCACUAGUUAUAUGGAACUUCUACAAAGGGCAUUUCAGCAUCCUGGGACGGCGAUGCACUCAGGAGCAGGAAGCUGAGGGUGGGCAAGAGUCUGUCCGCACUCUGGAGCUGCUGCGGCCUGCGGACGGGAAAAUACAGAGGGAGGGCAGCACCAGCAACAGUAAUAAUAACCACAACAGAAGAUCUGAGGGAAAGAACACAGCCCAGCAGAUUACAUAAUCUAAGUCUUUUUUUUUCCUCCUCAAUUUAGCUAUGCUGACUACCCCAUCCAUUCAGCUGAACUCCCCCAUCACUACCACCAUCAGGAGGGUGAAGACUCGCACAUGCCUUCCCCAACAGAUGUAAAGACAGCUACCACCUCUUUUCAAACUGCUGCUGAUGUAGCAUUACAAAGUUGCCAGCAAGCAUGUGUUGACCAACGUCACCUUGGAAUUUAAUGGGUGAAGAGAGCGCCACCUACUGUACCCACCCAGAAAGAGCAAGGUCAAUUGACCGAGAUUCGAACCAGCAAUCAUCUGAUCAUAGUGGGAGUGCCUUAGUCCACUAAACCACUCAGAGCCCCAAAUGAAGAACAUUUUGACCGUACUGUCCAGCCGUACUUGUAGAAACUGGGCAAGGUUUAGUGAGCUGGUUUGAGAAGGUUAGUUCUGGAGUCAGAUUUUAACAUCACUUCUUUUUCUUCUGUUGUUUUAUUGAUGAGGACAGCCUGAUUCAAAUUCCUGUAUUUGGCCUGAAAUUUCAAACCUUAAAAAAGUGGUUUGCAGCCCCUUUCACACCUGCUUUUUUGGUUUGGACCAAAAAAAUGUAAAUGUGGAAACAGCCUAAAGCUGGGAAACCACCAUAAUGUGCAGGGCAGGACUAGGAUUAAAAAACUGCAUUAACCAGGCCAGAACUCUUAAGAUAAUGAAAUGUAUAGCUUUCUACAUGAACAGCAGUUGAAAGAAUGUGAACCAUUUGGGAUUACUUGGAUUUCUGCAUAAAUUGGUCAUUAAAUGUGUUCUGAUCUUCAUCUAAGCUGCAACAAUAGACAAACACAGUCUGCUUAAUUGUAAGAAUCAUGGGGGAAUGUCAAAACCACAGGCUAAUGACUUUUCUAAGAGCUAAUUGGAGCCAGGAUGUGAUGAGAUUGGAUGUGUUGGUUAAAGAGUGCUAUUAAAAAAAACAGUGCUGCACAUUUAACAUUUGCAAAAGAGCACCUGGAUGUUUCUCAGCAGUCCUGCCUAAAUAUAUUGUGGACAAAUGAAACCUAAAUUGAGUAGGUUGGAAGGAACACACAACGCUAUGUGUGGAGAAAAAAAGGCACAGCACACCAUCAUCAAAACCUCAUCCCAACUGGUGGAGGGGGCAUCAUGGUUUGGGGCUGCUUUGCUGCCUCAGGGCCUGGACAGGUUGCCGUCAUCAACAGGAAAAGGAAAUCCCAAAUUUACCAAUGAAAUCCCGUUGUAACAACAGGACAACAACCCAAAACAUAGAAGUAAAUCAACAAUUAGCAAUGAACGGCUUCAAAAGAAGAAAAUAUGCCUUCUGGAGAGUCCUGACCUCAACCCAAUAGAGAUGCUGUGGCAUGACAUAAUUCCUCCUCCUGACUGUUGUACAGGUCUGAUCUGCAACUACAGGAAACGUCUGGUUGAGGUUUUGCCACCAAAGGAGGGUCAAAAAUUCACAUCCUUUUUUUUUUUACCCCUCACUGUAAAUGUUAACAUGCUGUGUUCAAUAAAACCAUGCAAAUAUAUAAUUAUUAUGUGGUAUUAGUUUAGCAGAUUGUGUUUGUCUGUUGUUGUGACUUAGAUGAAGAUCAGAACACAUUUAAUGACCAAGUAAUCCCAAAGGGUUCACAUACUUGUUUUUGCAACUGUAAGAAAAAGUAUGUUUUGCUGAAUUGGAAUUCUGGAAUUUACUACACAGCAUUUUUCCAUGUAUUUCUUCGUGAGGCACCAGGUGACAUUUCUAUAAAACAUCUGACACAGAAUACCCUCAUUCAUCCAGUGAAUCCAGCCCUUACUCACUGCUGUUUAAAUAUGUACCCUGUUAAAACUUGCUGCGGGUGGAGCUGCUCCAUGAUCAGUUGCCUUGGCAAACAUCUACAUCAGUAUGACUGAAAGCAUAAGAAUGGACAUUAGAUGGAGUCUGUGAUUUUGUAGAUCUGUGACUGAUCGUUUGUUGAGAGUAAAUUAAAGUUCAUCUCAAAGUUGUAAUUAAUAGGAAUGGGUUAACAGAAGCAAUACGACAGAGGAUGAGACAUAUGAUGGCUAUGCAUUAUCUACUUAGAACAAACAAUAUCUAAUGCAGUUUGUAAUCUAUUGGUAUAUUUUUAUAUUGAUUAAUAAACUACAAGGGCAUGUGAUUAUAAUUUUAGAAA